GGCAGUGCCUAGAUCUUCCUGUGCUGUUGUGCUGCAGGGGCUCUGUAGUGUGAGGAGACCACAGGACAGAGAGUGGACAGUGCUGGCCUGGUGAUCAUUCAUUGUGUGCCAACUCCCUGCCCCCCAAGAUAACACAUCCUCAGAUCUGCCUUCUUCAGGCUGUGCUGAGAUCUCCAGGGUCUGUGCCAUCUGUGCAAGGCCCUCUCCUGAAUGCUAUUAUUCUACAGCAGCAGUCUGGCUAUUUCAAUCAUUCAGCGAAUAAUCCCCACUUCCAGCCAUGGCAGACGAAGACCUCAUCUUCAGCAUGGAGGGUCUGGAUAACUCUCCCAUGUUAAAAGAUUGCCGCUCGGAUUGCAAUAAGGCUGACAGUGACGAAGAAGACAACUACUUUAUCUGCCCCAUCACUGAUGAUGUAUCAUCACCCCCCGUGGCAAAGACGAAAAAGAGCUGCUUAUUUGGUAGCCUGACAAAGGAAACACAAUAUGGGACCAGCUCUUCUCCCAGGAACUCCUUCAGCUUCAGGAAUGACAAACAACGCUAUAUUAAGCAUGGCUGCUUGACUGAUCGAGGUCGGGAGGCCUGGAAACAUGCCAUCCAAAAAGCCAAGCAGAUGCCUGAUCCUUGGGCAGAGUUUCACCUGGAAGACAUAGAAACAGAACAUGCAAUACGACACAGGUACAAUGCCGUCUCUGGCCAGUGGGUACAGGAUGAGGUGUUGAUUAAAAUGGCCUCUCAGCCAUUUGGACGGGGUGCCAUGAGAGAAUGCUAUAGAACGAAGAAGUUGUCUAACUUCUCGCACAGUCAGCAGUGGAAGAGUGCGUACAACUAUGUGUCCAAACGGUAUUUGGAAACUGUUGACCGAGAUGUGUAUUUUGAGGAUGUCCGACUCCAGAUGGAGGCUAAGCUGUGGGGCGAGGAGUAUAACCGGCACAAACCGCCAAAGCAGGUGGACAUUGUGCAGAUGUGCAUCCUUGAAAUGAAGGACAGACCCGGGAAACCUUUGUUCCACUUAGAACAUUACAUCGAAGGGAAAUACAUAAAAUAUAACUCUAACUCUGGUUUUGUCCGAGAUGACAACAUUCGCCUCACCCCACAGGCUUUCAGCCACUUUACAUUUGAGCGGUCAGGACAUCAGCUUAUUGUUGUAGACAUUCAAGGGGUGGGAGACCUGUACACAGACCCUCAGAUUCAUACGGAGUGCGGAACUGACUUUGGAGAUGGAAACUUGGGAGUGCGUGGUAUGGCCUUGUUCUUCCAUUCCCAUGCCUGCAACAGGAUCUGCAAAAGUAUGAAAUUGACACCUUUUGAUCUCUCCCCUCGGGAAAAUGACGUGUUGGACAACUGCAGCAAGAUGCUGCAAUCUGCACAGACAGUCCUGCGCGGCAUUGAAGAGAAAUGUGGCAGCUCUCGGGUGAGAACCAUAUCUGGAAGCCGCCCACCUCUGCUCUCUCGUCUGUCCGAAAACUCUGGAGAUGACAUAAGCGACAUGUUAUUCGACUCGCUGCCAAGCUCACCCUCCCCAGCCACCCCUCAUGGCCAUAGAUUUGAUGUCCACGGAUGGCCUAUUUUCAAUGAAAAUGAUAAUCUGCAUAGUGACGAUAAUAAUAGCCUGGAUAACCACAGAGACUCGGAAAAUGGUGGUGACAGUGGCUGCCCCAGUGAAAAAAGAAGCGAAUCUGAUGAAAUGGAACACAGGGCUCAUGGAAAUUAUAACCGGAGGCGGUUUGAGUCUGAGUCUGAGGACAGCUUUGGGAAGGUGUCUGCGGAGAAGUGGAACCAGUUCCAUGCAACCCGUGUGAAUAUUCACCGAUCCUCUGCCGUUGCAUGUGAAGUGCGAAGACUUAAUGAUCUAGCACUAGAAAAGAAAAUUGGGAAAUCCAUCCUCGGAAAGGUUCACUUGGCUAUGGUGCGAUAUCACGAGGCAGGACGCUUUUGUGAAAAAGACCAAAACUGGGACCAGGAGUCUGCCAUAUACCACCUGGAGCAUGCUGCACACUGUGGAGAACUAGAGGCUAUUAUUGGCCUUGGGCUUAUGUGUUCUCAGAUGCCCCAUCAUAUCCUGACUGAAGUAUCUGUGGAGGACACAGAGGAAAACAAAAUUAAAGGAUUUAACUAUUUACUGAUUGCUGCAGAAGCUGGCGAUCGCCCCUCCAUGUUGCACAUUGCACGAGCUUAUGACACUGGCAUCAGUCUUGGAUCAGACAGGUUACAGGACUGGCAGGAGGCCUUGUUCUGGUACAAUUCUGCACUAAACAUGACAGAUUAUGAUGAGGGAGGGGAAUAUGAUGGCACCCAAGAUGAACCUAAAUAUAUGCUGCUAGCUAGGGAAGCGGAGAUGCUGAUAACUGGGGGAUUUAACCUGGAGAAGGACCCACAACGAUCAGGUGACCUCUACACAGAAGCUGCAGAAGCAGCAAUAGAGGCCAUGAAAGGAAGGCUUGCAAACCAAUACUAUCAGAAGGCUGAAGAGGCCUGGGCCCUCAUGGAGGAGUGAAUCUCACCCAUAACACAACGAACAUGGCAGCUGAAAAUACUCCGCAAACUCAUUUUGUUGUCUUUGGACCCUCCUGAUAUUUGUUUACACUGAGAAAGAAAAGGAAAAAAAAAUUAAAAAUGCAAAAAAACUUUUUUUUAGAUGUUGUAGGAUGGGUAAGAAUGUCCACAGAUCUAGCAGUAACCCUGUGUGAUCCUGUGUAUACUUUACGUACCAGUGGGUAACUUACCCAGGUUCUUUGCUGCAUUAAGAAAAAUAAGCAAACCUCAUAAAAAGCCAAGUCAGGCCCUAUACACAGGUUCUGAUCCAUCUCUCAGGAAUGAAGGAGUAGCUUCAGAUUUCUCGCCAUUUGCUACAUUUGGAUUUAAGGUACUUCUGUCCGGAGAACAUAAAUAGUGUACCUGUCAUUUAAAAGAAAAAAAAAAACUUUUGACUUGUCACAGAGACCUUUUAAAAGUUUUAAUCCUUUGGGGUCUCAUUGCUGAUACCCCCAGCGAUCAGGAGAACAGUCAGCUUCUCUGGACAGCCCUAUAGACAUACGCGCGGGGGAGUGAAGUGUGGUGCCGUGUGCUUCUCCUUGCUCUUGUCCUUAAGUAGGUGAGGGUCUUCGCAGUGAGACCCUAACCUAUCAAAAAUGUUGAUAUGUCUCAAAUGACAAGUGCACUUUAAAGUAACUUUUUACAUAUCCUGUAUUGUGAGGUCUUAUUGUCUUAUUUGCAAAUAUAUAUUUCCCUUUUUUAAGGCAACAUGAUUGUAAUUUUAUAUACCUGCAGACUUCAUACAUCCAAAUGGAUUGGGAUGAAACCAUAGCAAAGGGUGCAACGGUUUAGAUUGCAGUCUUCUCUUUUAUACUUUAGCCAGACCUUUAAGGGGUUGUCCACUUUUGACAAGCUUCUGCUGUUUGACACUUCUGCUGUUAAAAGGUAACUUGGUUGAUCACAAGGUGUCGUGUUGGGGGCACCCUUAGCGAUCAGCAGUAGUCUUUAGAGGACCUGACAGUAAAGCUGAUUAGACAGAUAAGUCAGCCGCACCCAGCAAUUUAGGUAGGACCCAUCAACCAUGCCACGUGUAUCUAAGCCUCUCAACUCCCCCCCAGCCCCCCCCCCCCCCCCCCCCCACGGCAGAUGUUAGUGCGGAGAACAGUAAAGCAUAUUGCAUUUUCAACACACACAAUCCUUUGUUUUCAGGAAAAUAAGCUGCCACUAGAGGUGUAUUACAGUAGCUUCCUUCCCCAUUCUAAAUACAUGCACACUCAGCCAGUCCCAGCAUGCAUGUGUAUGGGGAAUUAGGAACAAUAACUUGGCUGAACAAACAUUUAGCCUACAGCUGUCUAAAAAUGUAAUAGCGCCACCAAAGAAUGAUGCAUUGAAAUCAUUGUGCUGUCCAUAUUAUUUACUAAAAUAACGAUAAAGAUGCUUUUUGGAGGCAGUCAUUGCUCUUGCUCAUAGAUACAGGUCGGAAUUUCCUAAUGAAAAAUAUGUUUCUGAAAUCUGCCCAUAUAAGACAUUUAAAGCGCAACUCCAAGCAAGAUAUUUGUCAAAAUUUUCACAUCACUGUCUGAAACUAUGGUGCUAAAUUACAGAUUUUGCAGAAGUCCAAAGUCUAUGGAUCUUCUGGGAACUUCUUCAGAUUAAAGGGGUAUUCCAGGAUUUUUUUUAUUUGACUACGCUACAGGGGCUGUAAAGUCAGUGUAGUUCAUAAUAUAGUGUCUGUACCUGUGUGUGUGAUGGUUUUCUCACAAUUCUUCUGUGAUUUUCACCCCAAUAUUUAUUUUUAACAGCAUACAAAAUGACUGUUGUCUCAGAUUUUUCCCAGCUUGCAAUGUGGCCGAGACUUGACUCACUGGUCAGCUGAUGACAGGAAGCCUGUCUGCUUCAGUGGGUGGAGGGAUUGCUUGGUGGGAGAGAGAUCAAUCUGCAACUAAUGCAACAGCUGUAGGCACCCUGAUUGAAAACCACAGGUCUUUUGAAUGCAUGCAGCUCAUUUAUGUUUCAAUGGGUGGGGUGGCUGAUGUGUGGGAGGGAGAAAAUUGGAAUUAUGGGAUUUGUAGGCAAAAAAAAAGAAAUACCAGUUCACAAAAAGCUAGCCACAGUGUUAUGGUAAUCUCACAACAUAGCCAUUUAGCCCCAAGAAAAGUGCAGAUCCUUCCUAAGCAUGUCCAUUACUGCCUGCCAGGUACGUACUAAAAUCACCUUAUGGUGGAUAACCCCUUUAAACGCCGUAGUCUUGCACAAGUCUCGGCGAUCUGAAAACAUAUAUCCUGCUUCCCGAAUAUUCACUGGAGCUGCGCUUUGACUAUUUACUACUGCCCAUUUGUAAGUCAUAUGGAAGCUGUUAAAAGUACCUUAUUUUUAAAUGCCCAUUUGAAUGCACAUUGGAGUAUGCUGCGGCUGAAAUACCCAUGGCAUGGGCCUAAAACUACAAGUGCAUGGCUACAAUGUACAACCUUCCUGCAUGUGCCUUUAUUUAGUAGUUGAGUAAUGCUUUGAAGGUUUCCCUUUACAACCGCAAUCUACUAGUAUAAAGCUGGAAUACAUGUGUUAUACUUACGAGGUUUCUAAUCUUUUCACAUACAGCUCAUAACUUUAGAACACUAUUUACUUACACAUUUUUUUUCCUGCAGAAAAGAAUCUAUCUUUUUAUUGGCAUUUAAAGUUUUGGAUGAAAUGUGGAGUUUUAUUUAGCAUUUUUUGUAGCUUAUUAUACACUAUUUCAGGUCCAUAUUGCUUUGUAACUUUCAAGUUAGGUGCUUGCAUUUUCUAUUAUAAAGUAAGAUCUGCGUGCUUUUUGCUUUACUGAUGCUGCAAAAUGGGUCGAAAACUGGAAAGCUUUCGGUGCAGUCAUUGACCCUGGUCAUAGACUGGAUCCUAAUUCAGUUAGUGUAACAAAUAACAAGUAAUUGUAACUAUGAUCAGUGUUCUAUGAGAAUUUAGAAUUUUUGACAUGUUUGCUUAAAAAGUUUUAUAAAGGGUAAAAUAAAAAUGCACAUAUGGCUGGGGGUGGUGUAAAAAUAAAAAAGUGUUACUCACCUUCCCUGAUCCCCCACAGCCACUGCAUACUCUCCCUGUUUUAUCUGACUUGUCUUUUAUGCAGGAAUUGCCCUGCUUAGCCAUUCGUGGUCCGAAGUAGUGUUGGGCAGUUUUUGCAGGGAUAAUGUGUGAUUGGUACCAGGAAGAAGUGAGGACAGGGAUUAGCAGCUGUGGGGGAACAGGGGAGGUGAGUAUCUUCCCUUUUUUUUUUUUUUUGCACCGCCCUCAGUUGUAUAUUAACAAAGUUGUCCUAAACUAUUGAAAACUAUUUCAAUUUGGAUCAAAAAAACUUUCUGUGUAUACAUUUUAAAGACAACGGUUGGGUUCGCACAUAGUAUUUUGGUCUGUAUUUUCAGAGCAAACAACGAGUGGAACCAACACAGAUUAAAACUUUUUAUGUGAACUGGAUCCAUUGCUGGUUUUGGCUAAAAAUUACUGACCAAAAUGAGGAUGAAAUACUACAUGUGAACUCCAAAUGUUGCAAAACUACAACUCCCAGCAUGCCUGGAUAUCCAAAGGCUGUCCAGGCAUGCUGGAAGCUGUAGUUUUGCAACAGCUGGAGGCACACUGAUUGGGAAACACUGCCCUAGACUAUGGCCAGCUUGGAUAAGAGGACUGUGCUCAGGUACCCAUAGGGCUUAUUUUAUUGCGAAUAGCUAAUAUUUUCAUUCAUUCAUUUUAGGCUUUACAUUGACUGUGUGAUGGCUGCAUACAACCUCUGAGUGGGUUGAAGUGUAUGGGGCUUUACUUCACAUAUACAUACCUAUGAUUUCAUAAUGUAUGAAUUUGACCAAGGAAUUGUGUUGUACUUUAUCUAAUUCUGUAUUAUCUUUGUAACCCAGCACUGUAUGAAGCACCAUAUGGCAGCACACUGCUGUCUACUAUGAGAUAUACGACGACUUCAUAGGAUUUUGUCUACUAUCAUACAGCCCUUUGGACAUGGAUCUGCCUUGUAUGUGAGGCACCUGAAAGAAACAUUGAGUGUUAUCUAGUAAUACAAAACUUUGUAUAGAGGUUAGGCUGGCUUAAAAAAAAAAAAAAAAGUUACUUACCUACCCAGUUACACAACUGCUGCUGUUUAGAUUUAAAGCUUACCUAUCAGACCCCCCCCCUAAAAAAAAAAAAUGUUGCUCAGUACCUCAUCCUGACAUUUAAUUUUCUAAUUUUGUGUCUACGACCUAUAUUUCUCUCAGAAUUACCUUUAUUUACUUGCCAUCAUCGCUCAGUGAGGUUUCUGUCCAUGCAGAGGCAUGGGGCGUGCCCCUCUCUUCUCCUCACUGUGAUGACUCCUCCCCCUCCAUCAUAGCUCUGACUCAGGGUGGGGGAGCAAGAACAGCAACUCUGGACCUGCCUGCAGUCCUGUCAAUCACUCAUGGUGUUCAUGACGUGACGAUGACCACUGGACACCGCAGGACUGGUAUGUGUCCCAGGAGGCAGGGGGAUCCCUAGUGGCCACUUUUUUGACGAUUUUUCUGAUUUUUCUGAUGAAAGCAAUUGCAAAACAUUGUUUUUGCAGGCUUUAUAACAUAUCAAAAUGUAUUGUAUCUGACAGUGCCCAUUUAAAUGAGAAGAGUCUACAUUUAUCUGCAUUUCCUGGUCCCCAUCAGGACAAACAGGAAAUUCCCACCCAUGGGCGGGUUUUGGCUAAGGAGGUUUUCUUGUAUCGAGAUGGGGACCAGGAAGAAGAGAUCAGUGGAGACCUGGGCAAUGGUCUGGGGUUUGCCCUGGGGCAAGUGAGUAACUUUUUUUUUCCCAGCUGGACAACCCCUUUAAAACUGAUACAAGUGAAUACUCCAGCAAGGAGUUGCUUCAGUAAAACUUUAGCUUUGAUUCAAAUAUCUUUCAAAGAAUGUACAUCCAUCACGACAAGUAGAACAUAGUCCGAUGCAUUUCGGCUAAUGCACGCCCUUACUCAUGGACCUUUAAGACUGAUGUUUCUAAUCUGUAUUCCACCCAGACAAUUUGGGAACUCUUGAAAAUGUUCUCAUUUACUAUCCAAAAUGAUGAGGCCCAGGCAGCUGCAACAUACUUUAUCUACAACAUUCUUUAACCUUUUGUGAAUGGUCUGUGAUUUCUUUCUAUUAUCUGCCAAGGUAUACGAAUACCAGGGAUUAAAGGAGUACUCCGCUAUUCAGCGUUUGAAACAAACAAUUCCAAAUGCUGAGCAGCGGAGUACCCCUUUAAAAACCUUACUAGACUCCAUGCUUAGUUAUUCCUAUGUUAAAUGCAGCAUUUCUACCAGCUAAUGACUAGUUUAUAUUCCCUGCAAAAUGUAAUAUUAAAAAAAAAAAAAAAAAAGCGGAAAAAAAAGAAAAACUUCAAAAUGUGAUGUAAUGUUUACAAAAAAUUAUGCAAUGUAUUGUUUGAAAUCCUAUAGAGGUUGUGUUAGUGACACCAGUGUAAAAUAUACACUAAUACAAUAAUUGCUUAAAGCUAAAGCAAAAAAAAUAAAAAGUGUACACUGUUGUGUGAAAGGAGAAGCUUGGUCGAGCGGAUGUGCAAAUGCCGUGGGUUUUUAAUUCAUUGUUUUAAUGUUCUAUUAUAUUUUGUCAAAUAAACAGUAAUCCUGUUUCAUACAUCC